GGGAGGGACAGAGCGAGAGAGAGAGUGGAAGGGACCUGACACUGGCACGGGCAGGUUCCUGCUCCUCCUUUCUGGAUAUUCCCGGAGAUUCCCAGAGAAUUUCCUUGGAGUGCUGGCCAUGCCUGGGAUACAGCUGCUGCUUUCACUGGCUAUCGUGGGGGGGUCUCGCGCCCUGCCGGUCCACUGGCUGCCGGAGGACCACCCCCCCACCGAGGCGGGGGCUCGGACGUUCGCAGACAUCUACAACAGCACGGCCGAGGAGGUCCUGUUCAGCAGCACAAGCUCCAACUGGGCCUACAACACCAACCUGACCGAGCACAACUCCAAACUACAGGUGGCCUCCUCCCUGGAGAGACAGGCCUUCACCAAGGCCUGGGGCAAGAAGGCGAAGGAGCUCUUCAGCGACGCCCUGGUGGCCAGCUUCUCCGACCCCCUGCUGAGGAAACAGAUCAAGAGGAUCAACAUCCUGGGGGCUGCCAACCUGCAACAGGAGGAGAGAGAGAAGUUAAACAGCAUCCUCAGCAGUAUGAGCAACAUCUACUCCACGGCGAAGGUGUGCAUGCCGGGACCCACCGAGACCUGCUGGUCCCUGGAGCCGGAUCUGAUGGAUGUGAUGGCCACGUCCAGGAGCUACAAGACGCUCCUGUAUGCCUGGGAGGGCUGGCACAACAGCUCCGGCGUGCCUCUCAGACCCCUGUACCCAGAGUUUGUGAAGCUGAGCAACCAGGCCACGCGCAUGGAUGGUUUCUCGGACACGGGGGCGUACUGGCGUUCCUGGUACGAGUCGCCGUCCUUCCAGGACGACCUGGAGCGUCUGUACAGACAGGUGGAGCCGCUGUACCAGAACCUGCACGCCUUCGUCCGCCGAAAGCUGUACCAGCACUACGGACCCAAAUACAUCAACCUGCGCGGGCCCAUCCCAGCCCACCUGCUGGGAAACAUGUGGGCGCAGACAUGGAACAACCUCUACGACAUGAUGGUGCCCUUCCCCAGUAAGCCCAACGUGGACGUGACCCAGGCCAUGAAGGACCAGAACUGGAAUGCCACCCACAUGUUCAGGGUGUCCGAGGAGUUCUUUACCUCCCUGGGUCUGAUCCCGAUGCCGCAGACCUUCUGGGAUCAAUCCAUGCUGGAGAAGCCCUCAGACGGGCGGGAAGUGGUGUGCCACGCCUCCGCCUGGGACUUCUACAACCGCCGGGACUUCAGGAUCAAACAGUGCACGACAGUCACCAUGGAGCAGCUUUUCACCGUGCACCACGAGAUGGGCCACAUCCAGUACUACCUGCAGUACCAGGACCAGCCUGUCAGCUUCCGAAGGGGCGCCAACCCGGGCUUCCACGAGGCCAUCGGGGACGUGCUGGCCCUCUCCGUCUCCACCCCAAAGCACCUGAGGGAGAUCGGCCUGCUCGACAACCUGCCCGACGACCCAGACAGCGACAUCAACUACCUGUUGAAGAUGGCCCUAGGCAAGAUCUCCUUCCUGCCCUUUGGGUACCUCAUCGACCAAUGGCGGUGGGGCGUGUUCGGCGGCCGCACGCCACCUGAACACUACAAUGCGGAAUGGUGGUACCUGAGAACCAAAUACCAGGGAAUCUGCCCUCCCACCCAUCGAUCUGAGGAGCACUUUGACGCUGGAGCCAAAUAUCACAUCCCUGGAAACACGCCCUACAUCAGAUAUUUUGUCAGCUUCAUUCUCCAGUUCCAGUUCCAUGAGAGGUUGUGCCAAGCAGCCAAUCACGUGGGGCCACUGCACAAGUGUGACAUCUACCGCUCCAAGGCAGCAGGAGACAUCCUGGCGAAGGUGCUCAGUGCCGGCUCCUCCAAGCCUUGGCCAGAUGUCCUGCAGGAAGCUCUGGGGACAAACAAGAUGGACGCCGGGCCUCUGAUGAACUACUUUGAGCCCAUCACCCGCUGGCUACAGGAGCAGAACAGGGAUGAGGUCCUGGGAUGGCCCGAUUUCGACUGGAGGCCUCCACUGCCAGAAAACUACCCUGAGGACGUGGGUAAGAUUGCAGACGAGGCCGAAGCCAAGAAAUUCCUGUCUGAAUUCAACAGCUCAGGCGAGGAGGUGUGGAGCGCGUUCAUCGAGGCCAACUGGGCCUACGAAAGCAACAUCUCUGAACACAACAAGCAAGUCAUGCUGGAGAAGAAGCUGGAGAUGUCCAACCACACGCUGACGUACGGGCUGAAGGCGCGGACGUUCGACUCCGCCGACUUCCAGGACGGCUCGCUGACGCGCAUGCUGGGGCGUCUCCGGGACAUCCACAGUGCGGGACUCCCUGAGGACGAGCUGAGGGCGUACAACAAUCUGAUGGCUACCAUGGAGACCAAGUACAGCGUGGCCGAGGUGUGCCGAGAAAACGGCUCAUGCCACUCCCUGGACCCAGAUCUGAGCAGGAUCAUGGCGAAGGCGCGGGACCACGGGGAGCUGCUGUUCGCCUGGCAGGGCUGGCACGAUGCAGCGGGCAGAAAGGUGCGCCAGGACUACGCCAGAUACGUGCAGCUCGCCAACAAGGCUGCCCGGCUCAACGGACACACGGAUAACGGGGCCUCCUGGCGCUCGGUGUACGAGACGCCCACGCUAGAGCAGGACCUGGAGGGGCUGUGGAGGGAGCUGGAGCCCCUCUACCUGAACCUGCACGCCUACGUGCGCCGGGCCCUGCACCGCCAAUACGGAGCCAGCCGCGUCAACCUCAGGGGGCCAAUCCCUGCCCACCUCCUGGGGAACAUGUGGGCACAGACCUGGUCGAAUGUGUUUGACCUUAUGACCCCCUACCCGGAUGCCACUCGAGUGGAUGCCACACCGGCCAUGGUUGCUCAGGGCUGGGACGCCAGGAGGAUGUUUGAGGAAUCGGACCGGUUCUUCACCUCCCUGGGCCUGGAGCCCAUGCCCCCAGAGUUCUGGAACAGGUCCAUGCUGGAGAAGCCCACAGACGGGCGCAAGGUGGUGUGCCAUGCCUCCGCCUGGGACUUCAACAACCGCCGGGACUUCAGGAUCAAGCAGUGCACGGUGGUGACCAUGUAUGACCUCAUCACCGUGCACCACGAGAUGGGCCACGUGCAGUACUUCCUGCAGUACCGGGACCAGCCCCUCUGCUUCCGGGACGGGGCCAACCCGGGCUUCCACGAGGCCAUCGGGGACGUGCUGGCCCUCUCUGUCUCCACCCCAAAACACCUGCACAGCAUCGGCCUGCUGGACAAGGUGGAGACCAACUACGAAAGCGACAUUAACUACCUGCUGAAAAUGGCGCUGGACAAGAUCUCCUUCCUGCCGUUUGGCUUCCUGAUGGACCAGUGGCGCUGGAAGGUGUUUGAUGGGCGAAUCACUGAGGAGGAGUACAACCGGGAGUGGUGGAACCACCGACUGAAGUACCAGGGAGUGUGUCCCCCUGUACCCCGCACUGAGGAGGACUUUGACGCUGGAGCCAAGUUCCACAUCCCUGCUGAUGUACCCUACGUCAGGUACUUCAUCAGCUACAUCAUUCAGUUCCAGUUCCAGGAAGCACUGUGCAGGGCAGCCAAUCACAGCGGCCCGCUGCACACAUGUGACAUUCACCGGUCCAAGGAGGCGGGGAAACUGCUGGGGGACGUGAUGAAACUGGGCUCCAGUAAGCCUUGGCCUGAGGCCAUGCGUCUGCUCACUGGUCAGCCCCGCAUGUCUGCGCUGCCAUUGGUCAGAUACUUCCAGCCGCUCAUGGAUUGGCUGGAGGAGGAGAACCGGAAGAGUGGGGACAUUCUGGGCUGGCCCGAGUACAACUGGAUACCCGGAGGUGAGGCGAGGCCCCUGGCUCCGGCCCCGGGCCCCCCCAGCGGGGACGGGAAGGUGAGCUUCCUGGGGCUGAGGGUCAGCCGCUCGGCCUCCGAGGCGGGGCAGUGGGUCCUGCUGGCCCUGGGGCUGGGGGCCACGGCCGCCUGGGUCUACAGCUGCUGCAGGAGCCGCAGGGGCCCCAAGCACAAGGCCGCCUCCAUCCUGGAGCUGGGGGCCAAAUAACGGGCCCCUGACCGCCCCCUCCAGGGACAGGAGCGCGCAGGACGCUGGGGGCGGGGCCGGGGAUUCUGCACCCCGGGGGGGGGGCAUCCCAAAGCAGGAUCACAGAGUAAAACCCAGAGCAGCCCUCCUUACUUCAGUCCAUGUGCCGGUUCUGGACGGGUUCUGGGUUUGACUCUGUGAAGUUAUCCAGCUAUGUCAGUAAUCCUGCUUCAUCAUAUACUCCCUUGGGUUCAAACAGUGUUUGUUUUUUUUUGGAUGCAAAUAUAUUUCUCCAAUCGACUAAGCUUGCCUGGUGCAUUAGAACAAAUUAAACGAUGCCAGAGGUGUAGACCCCACCCCCCCACCUGCUCCGACCAGCAGGCUCAAACGCACCAGGCAAGACCAGCGCAGUACGGGAAAGUGUUUAAAUCCAACACAAACCCCGCUGGGAGCCCAGGUCCGACCGUUCAGACCAGAGACGAGCAACCCGAUGAGACCCGUUCAGCACGACCGUCUCACCUGACGCUCCAGGCCCCUCCGCUCGGCCAAUCACAGAGCGCCGCUGGUCUCUGCUCUCAACUGGGCCCCCGCUGCCCGGAGAAUCAGACCGGCGUCACCGACACGCUCAUGACAGGCCGCUGAGGAACCCUCGGCCAGCGCGAGAGAGAUCCUCUCUGCCAUUACGCAUCCGCCCGCCUCCCCGCCCGCCCGCCCGCCCGCCCCCCCGCCCGCCCGCCCCCCCACGUCUCACACGCAGGACAGACCUUCUACGACCGUCACUGCUCGAGUUCGCUCCAUGACGUGUUAUAGAGUAUAUUAUAAACACAGCAUAUCUAUUAUUGAGACCUUCAGAAGAUACUGCCCCACAAACCCAGCUCGAGCAUCCCGCAGUGCCCCAUUAGCAUUUUAAAAUGUGAAAUGCUAACGCUUCCACUGAUACUCCUGGUGAUAAAGUGUCUGGGUUCAUUUUCAACACUGGGCAAGCACUUCAUAUGUAACUGAUUGUGUUUUGUGUUGUGGCAUAAUUGUGAAGCCUGUUCUACCCACGACUGAAGACCUGUCCUUCUCCUUUCCGUUUGCCCCUCUAUAACAACCGUGCAUCUCCUCACUCCUAGAGUGCUGUACAAACUGUGAACGGUGAAGGGUUUUAUUAUUUAUUUACAGUAUCAGAACAGUGUACAAAAUGUUUAAACCACUUGUGAAGUCAGACAGUAUAGGUGCAUGUGGUUUUUAAAUGAUUCAUUUCAAAUUGUAAACAUGCAGGUUUUUCCUUUAUAGAAUAAAACAAAUGUAUGUGUAA